AUGGUAUUAGACAAUAGGACCCAAGUUGUAAGGAACACCACCCAUGCUCUAUGGGAUGGGGUGGACAACCCUUACAGCAGGCUACUGCGCAUAGAAGUCCUCGUGAGCUUGAACACAGUCCUUCUGGUGUUCCUUUUCUUCUUUGGCUCAUCCCGGCGUCGAUGGAAAAGCACAAUCCUAAGGACUUGCAUAUGGACUGCCUACACUUUGUCCCACAGCAUAGUACCCUACACGGUGGGACUCAUGCAAUCGGCUCCCUUCCGCAAUGACCUGUUUGCCAUAUGGGCAGUGUUUUUGCUCUACUCUUUCGGAAGUGUUGACUCCAUCUCAGCAUACAACCUUGAAGACAACCAACAAGUUAAAAAGUAUGCAUUUGAAGGACUAGUUCAGGUGGUUCUCAUUACCUACUUGAUGGUCACGUACAUCUCUGGAAUGCCAGUGGAGUGGGAGCUUUGGUGUUUUUGGUCUAUCGGUGUUACCAAGAUAUUUGAAAGAUGGUGUGCCUUCCUAUCUGCAAGCAGAUCAUCUUGGCUACUGAGAAAAACUAGAUUGGUUGCGGACGUCAUGAUCUAUGAGCAUGAACUGAGUAGUCCAGGCAAAGCAGAUCCAACUGUCAUGAGAGGGUACAAUUAUUUGGUAACUGGAGAAGAAGAAAUAGCUGUGAGAGAUGACACACCAUUCCACCCACAGAGAUUGAAGAUUACCCAUGAAAUUAUUACUCUUCAGAAGAUUUGGGAAUGCCAUGGAAGACUCGUAACCCCUGACGGAGAUCCGGACAGAAAGUUGAAGGACAUGUGCCUCUCAUUUGCCUGGUAUAAGAUGCUGAAACGGAGAUUCACUGGGUAUCCAUUGCAUGAAUGCGACGUUACGAAAACCUGGGAGCUCAUCAACCGUGGGUUCCUUUCCAGCAAUAUCUCACAUGAAAGAGCUUUUAGAGUAAUUGAGGUAGAGCUUGGAUUCAUCUAUGAUACCUUCUACACAAAGUAUGAAGAAAUUUUCUGUAAGGGAAAGUUCCCCAGGUAUAAGUGCUUGUACCUCCUCCAGAUCCUAUUGUUUUGUUCCGCGAUAAUUCUAAUGCUUAGCAACUAUCAAACACCAAUGGGGCACCUAAACCGAGUCACAGAGAGUGGGACUGACAUCGAUGUCCUGAUUACCUAUGUAGUUAUAAGCACAAUCUUCAUUCUGGAACUUUCACAAUUAGUCGCAAUUGUAUUUUCAGAUUGGGUGAAGGUAUUGGUGAUAUGUAGCUAUGUUGAGAGACCCACAUCUCUCCGCGAGAAGGCUGUCUGCCCUCUGAAUCUACUAUGCCUGAUGACCAUUGGUUUUGUAGAUAAGACUAGAGAAGGGCAGAAAGCCAGCAGCUCCGUAAACUUGCCUGAAGAAGUGAAGAGUGCAGUACUUUGCUCCCUACGAACCAACGGCCGUCAACUGUCAAAUGGGCAGUCUUCCUUGCAAAGAAACCAAAUGGGAGAUGAGCUCUCUUGGGCAUGCAGCCUAGAGACGCACACUCACAGCAUUUUGGUUUGGCACAUUGCCAACAGUUUCUGUGAGAUUGCACCUCCGCAACAACAUACUGAAGAGCAGCCAGCUGACCGCCAAAGAGAAGAAGAGAACCACCGCCUUGUCGCCACCAGCUUAUCUAGAUAUUGUGCUUACCUGGUGGCCUUUGUCCCGGUAUUAUUGCCUGAUCAUGCUUAUACCACUGAAUUGAUUUUUGACAAAGUUGUACAGGAAGCAAGGAAGAUUCUUGAAGAAUGCCAGCCCAAAAGUAGAUUAUAUGAAAACAUGAUGACAAUCGAUGGAGGGAAUUCUGCUGGAACUAUAAUAGGAGACGGCAUUAAACUGGGGAAGCAACUCUUAGAGAUACAAGACCAAGGGCAGAGAUGGAAGGUGUUGGCUGAUUUUUGGGCAGAGAUGAUGCUGUUUCUUGCACCUUCAGACAAUGCAACCGCACAUGCAGAGAACCUCGCAAAUGUUGGAGAAUUCAUCACUCAUUUAUGGGCUUUGCUUACUCACGCAGGCAUCCUCCAUAGAAACUCAAACCUCCCGGCCUGA